GGGAAGUCUCGCGAUGCCUCGGGGGCCUCAGGGCGUGAGGGUGGGGAAGGCCCGGCCCGGCCCCGGCUGGAGCGGUGGGAAAAUCGCGAAGGAUGGAAAUGGCAACACCUGGGAAUUUGCGCUUCUGGAGACGCCUCGUGUACCACGACAGUGACGAUGAUUCCUACGAAGUGCUGGAUUUAACAGAAUAUGCGCGGCGUCACCAUUGGUGGAAUCGUGUGUUUGGCCGCAAUUCAGGACCAAUUGUAGAAAAAUACUCUGUAGCCACGCAGAUUGUGAUGGGAGGUGUGACUGGCUGGUGUGCGGGAUUUUUGUUCCAGAAAGUCGGAAAGCUUGCAGCAACUGCAGUAGGUGGUGGCUUUCUUCUGCUUCAAAUUGCUAGUCAUAGUGGAUAUGUACAAGUUGACUGGAAGAGAGUUGAAAAAGAUGUAAACAAAGCAAAAAAACAGUUAAAAAAGCGGGCAAAUAAGGCAGCUCCCGAAAUCAACACUCUAAUUGAAGAGUCAACAGAAUUUAUCAAACAGAACAUCGUGGUGUCCAGUGGGUUUGUUGGAGGCUUUUUGUUGGGGCUGGCAUCGUAAGGACCCGAAUGUCUCUCUGCCUGAUGGGAUCCGUGUUGGCGAAGAACAGUUGUGGUGACACGCUGUCUGCAAGCAGUGUGGGUCACUGGGCCUGCCAGAGCAAGACAAGUGGACUAGCUAGAGAACUUGAGAGCUUUUACAUUUCAGGCUUUUGCCUCUUGAAGCUUGGCAAAACUAGGAUUUGCUGAAAAACUGUGCAGUGUGCUCAUUAUAGCAUUUCUGGGCAAAACUGGUUCAUCCUCAUCAUGACUCUUUUUAUCUAUGGCCUUUCAAGAUCUAGCAUUUUUUAAAAUGUUAUUCUUGGAAUAUAGCUAUGUAACCAUACUGUAAGGAUGAAAGCUCCAUUUCUAUGUUUUCAGUUAAAUAUUGUUUAUUUAAAAAGUAUUUUUCUUCAUGCUGUAGUUGGUAGUAUCUAUGACUACAUACUGUAUAUGAUACUGUAGUUUCAGCCUCCUGGCUGUCCAUCUUCUUUAGAAGUCACUGCAAUAAUAAUCAAUCUGUAAUACCUUUUUACAGAGUAUUAAAUAACAAAAAACCAUGAGCUUAUUAAAGGUGAAAAUUAACUUUGA